AUGACGCUCCUCGCCGCCCAUCUUGAGCAGAUCUCCGUGUCUUGCCAAGGCAUUGACAGCCUUCCAUUCCCUCCUCCCAAGAUCUUCACCAACGCCCUGCUUUCCAACCACGACAUCACCUCGUUAAUCCGCGACACCGAAACUCAUGAGCGCGCCCUGUUCUCUGUGCCCCCACCUCCACCACCAGCCACAAAACCAGAGCCGCCACCCGAGCAGAGCAAAGUCUCCCGUAGGCAGACCGUCUUCAAUGUCGCCGCCGGCGAAGUCACCACAGGCGCGCCUUCAUCACGGUCAGCCGGGAACCCGCGUCGCAGCACCGCAGUGGCAGCCGUGUUAGGCGGCGACCUCCAUGCUAAGAUCACGCGGCGGGCCCCAUCUUCGACACGCGUCCAGGGGGCAGGCGGAGGAGGUGACGUCGAUAUUGAGGUGCUCCUCCAGGGCGCCGAAAAGCUGUGCAAUGUCUACCCGUUACCCGGCGCAUUGGAGCGGAUUCCUGAGUUGCGGCAGAAGUGGGCGAACCAGAGCAACACGCUGGCCUAUUACGAGGCAAAAGUGGCUGAGCAGGCGGAGAGGCUCGUCAGGAUGAAUAAGCGGCCUGAUGAUUUUGGCGAUGAGGAUGAUGAGGAUGUUGGAGAUGAGGAGGGCGAGGACCCUGUGAACAACGGCAUUAUGGACAGCCUCAUGACUGAGGAGGACUUGAGGAGGGAGGAGGAGGAGGUCAGGGAGCUGGACAAGAAGAAAAAGGAGCUCCAAGAGAGACUACGGGCUAUGGAUAAGGACCUAGGCGGGCUACUUCACAUGUGA